CAAGGUAAGAAAACAAAAGGCAGUAAAGCAAAAGAGUCUCCAUCAAUCAUCAUCAUCUAUCAUGAAUGCACAUACAUACACACACUGAUAAAAUAUAUGCAUAGAUAGAAUUGUAACGGUUGUUGAUCUGAUUCAUUUGUUGAAGAGCAAGGGAAGAAAUGGGGAUACUGAGCAACAGAGUAGAGAAAGAGGAGUUAAAAGGGGGUGAUCAUAUCUAUACUUACAGGGCUGUUUUUGCUUACUCUCAUCAUGGUAUCUUUGUUGGGGGAAACAAGGUUGUUCAUUUCACCCCUAAAAGAGAAGAGAAUUCAAGCACUGAAGCACCUCUUAUUACCUUUGAUGGUAUGUCAGACACAGCAUUUUCCUGUCCGACUUAUCCAGACUGCGGAUUCAGACAGCCUAACAGCGGGGUAGUGCUCACCUGCCUAGACUGCUUUCUUCGGAACGGAUCUCUUUACUCCUUUGAUUAUGAAGUUAGCCCCUCGAUUUUCCUUACUAGAGUACGAGGUGGGACUUGUACCACUGCAGCAUCUGAUCCACCUCAGACGGUUAUUCAUCGCGCAAUGUAUCUGCUCCAGAAUGGAUUCGGAAACUAUGAUGUUUUUCAAAAUAAUUGUGAGGAUUUUGCCCUAUACUGCAAAACAGGUCUUCUGACAGUUGAUAGGCUCGGGGUUGGAAGAAGCGGCCAAGCUUCUACGGUUAUUGGUGCUCCUUUGGCUGCCCUUCUCUCCACUCCUCUGAAGUUGUUAAUGCCUAGUCCUGUUGGUGUGGCAACUGUAACAGCAGGAAUGUAUUGCAUGAGCAGAUACGCUACUGAUAUUGGCGUUCGUACUGAUGUUAUCAAAGUAGCUGUGGAGGACCUGGCUGUAAAUCUUGGCUGGCUCAAUAGCGAUGAAGAAGAACUUGAGAAAAAUAAGGCCUCUGGCGAGCAGCUUGUGAAACUCUGAAUUCCCAUUAGUUUCUUGAGGAAGUUCAAUACAUGUACAUACAUUCCUGGCUUUCCUUGUUAAACAUAUAUUCAAUUUAAAUGUGUUGCAAUUGUGGGUUAUUCCAGCCCAUGACUUUGUAUUUCAAGAUUUCUAUUUUCGUAUAAUAGUUAGUGCAGUUCUGAAUUCA